GAAAUAUCCAGAUUAUAUGUACAUUUUGCGCUUUAGUUUGUUUUGCGGCAACAAAUUUCACGUCCGUAUAUAAACAGCGUGUAUUGGCUCCCAUCCGCACUGCUCUUUGUCGUUUGUUACGCUCCGUGCAAGCCAAAUCCAAAUGAAAAUUCUGGACAUUUGGCCGAAUAUGGCGUUUUUACUAACUUGUCGAAAGCAAUUGAUUUCAAUUCUAAUAAUAAUCACGUUUCUUUUAAUAACAGGCUUUGAUUUCGCGCCAGACUUCAGCUUAAGUGGCCGACACUUGAAAUUUGUCGCUUUCGACAAUCCACCGUUCGACUCGGUGGUCAAAGGACCAAACGGCACUUUCAUUUUUUCUGGAGCGACAACUAACGUGGUCUUUUGGAUAGCACAACGACUCAGAUUUACACCUAAAAUCGUUGCAGUUGAUCAAACACUUUUCGACAAAUUGGGCGCACACGAGGCCACAUUUUACCAACUUAUGAACCAAGAUGUGGACGGGAUAGUGGGGGCCUUCUACUUGACAAUGGAUCGGGUAGAAAGAAUGGACUAUUCGUUCUUUACGUGGACCGACGGAUUUAGUCUUGUGGUACCAAAUCCAGGAGAAGAAAGCAGAUUAUUCGCUUUCGUCCGUCCAUUCCAACCCUGGGUGAACUACCACUUAAUUUCACAUUUCCCAGGCUAUUUAAUUACGAUUUCAUUAUUUCAGGUUUGGAUGUCAAUUCUCCUAAGCCUUCCCCUCGUAGUAGGCACAAUGACAUUUUUCACGUGGUUCUACAAUCGUGGUCGUCCUAAGAAUAGCAUUGAAGUUCUCUCUGUAGACACCAACAGCCAAUCAAACGGUGUUUCACCAGGAAGCAACUUUACUUUCUUUGGCUCCCACAUGAUUUACGUAAUAAAUACCAUGACAAAUCAAGGUGGGAGAGAAGCGGUUAGCCGCUUCUCAUUUCGAGUACUGGCCGGUGCCUGGGUUUUGUGCGCAAUGGUCCUAGUAAAUUCGUACACGGGAAUAGUCACUUCGGCCCUCACGACGCCUAAAAUGAAACAGCCUAUCAACACCCUGGAAGAAUUAGCAGCAAGUAAGGAGGUCAAGAUAGUCCUCAGAAGUGACACGGCGAUCGGAGUACAAAUUUUGCAAGCGACUUCGGGCAUCUAUAAAGUUCUUGCCGAUCAAGCCCGGAGUGAACCUGAUGAACGUAUAGUUGCCGAUCCUGGCAAGUUAAACGAAAGAUUGAGGACUGGUCGCUACGCUUAUCCAUUCAUGCAUACUUUCACGAUUGCCUUUGUCGGAACUCAAUACAAAAAGGAAGGAAAGUGUCGGUUCAAGGCAUCUAAAAUUUUGUCGAGCUCGCACGGAUAUUAUUUUUUCGUUUUGAAAAAAGGAUCUUGGUACACACAACAAUUUAGUCGAGGGUUCAUGGACCUGUGGGAGAGUGGCCUAACACGCUUCUGGAUGAAGAAUCGACCCACUAUACCGAGGGCGGACGAAUGUUUCGACACCAAACGCAGAGUUUCUCGAUUGGCUGCUAUCCAAUUGUCUGAUUUGACUAGCGCCUUCCUGAUUCUGGGCAUCGGGAUCGGAUUGGCGACACUGGCCUUUUUGCUGGAAAUGAUCUACUCGAAAUGGCAACGCUAAAACACAACUGGGUUUUAGCUUUUGUAGUUUACCGAUUAACGCACAUUAUAUAUUUAAUCGAGAUAUCCGUAGUGUGUUGACUAUUAUAUCAGCUACUAUUUACUGCCACCAUUUUAGCCUUUAUUAAGAAUUUAACCGCGAUAGUUAUAAAUCUGCUUCGACAUAGGGUUGAAUAAUUAGCAGUUAUUCAAUUUAAAAAUGAAUGAACAGCUCACGAAAAAUUUCAAGUAGCCUUUCAAUCGCUGGCGCUAAAACAAAGCCAACCAUAAAAAUUUGGAAAAGAUUUUUAAAUGUUUGCCAAAUAAAAUUACUUCUAAUCCCA